AUGCCAUCAUCACUCGCUGCAUCCCAGGAGGAGCUCAAGGCGGCCAAGGUGCCUUUAGCUUGGAGAGACCAGUGCUCAGCACUCUUGAUACCUUUGAAUACCUGUCGGAGAGAAAACUAUUAUUUACCCUGGACUUGCGAGAAUGAGCGCCACGGCUAUGAGAAGUGCCAAUACGAUGACAUGAUGCGGAGGAUGAAGAAAAUGUCGAAACUGAAACUCCAGCAAGCAGAGUCGGCUGCAGAAGCUGCCGAAACUAUCAUCUAG